AUGGAAGAAACUGAAUUCGCUCCAAGCUUCAGUUGUUACUCUAAUGACAAUAUCACAUCUAGAGCGGUCGCAAAAGCGAUCCAUGAAGAAGAAGUAGCACGAUUGCACGAAAAUGGGGACAUCUACGAUGACGAUUUUGAAUUCUCGUUAGUGUUAAGCGACGAAGAAAGCGAUUCACAAGCUUGGACUGCUUUCAAUUGUGACAUUACGGGUUCAUUAGGGAAGUUGUUCAUCAGUGAACAAGAAGAUUCUUCUUCAUAUACAUCAUCAGAAACCGAUGAAUCGGAUAGUCCACGUAAAUGCAAGAAGAGUAGGUCUUUCGGGUCUGAAUCGAAAAGGUGGAUAUUCCGGUAUUUGCUGAGGCGGAGCAACAGCGAACGUAAGGAGCCGAUGGUGAAGGAGGAUAAUCCGAAACAAAAAAGGAAUUCUGGCAGGCGGUGGGCGACGCAUGAGCGAUUUUACGUGCAAAGAAGAGCGGAAAAUGAAGUUGAAAAGAGGAGAUCGUAUCUACCUUAUAGGAAGGAUCUUGUCAACGGAAUGGGGAAAAUGCUUCCGUUUUGA